AUGGGAAGCAAAGCUAUUGUCUCAAUCUUAUUACUGGUUUCCCUUUGUGUUACCAUUUUUGUUACUCAAGGAGUAGCUCAAAUGCAAAAGCCUCCAACUCUUCCGGGCCUUCUCCCACCCGGCUUACCCAUUGAUCUGAUAAAAUGUUGGUCGACUAUCUUCAGUGUUGAAGGAUGUGUGCUCGAAAUCUCUAGAUCAAUUUUCUCCGGAAAGUUUGAAAAUAUCGAACGCGCAUGUUGCAAAGCGUUUUCGGCCUUAGAUGCUAACUGUUGGCCUCGUAUGUUUCCGUUGAAUCCAUUCUUCCCUCCUCUCCUCAAGGAUAAUUGUGCGCGCAUUGUCCCAAACUCCCCUACACACAACUAA